GGCAGACAUUCUUCCUACCGGAAUGCUGUUUGUCAAGAAAUGACAUGCUCGCAAAUGUCUUGCUCACAUUAGUUGUAUUUAAAGUUCAGAGAUUAAUCUUGUAGCAUCUUGUUUUUUUAGAAAUCUGAACACUUUUACUUUGAAAUCAUUUCUGCAUCCAUGCAUCCCAAAAGUUGUGAAAUCAUUUCAUAACUGGGUUACACUCUUAAAAAUGAUUCAUGACUGAAAUACUGGAACAUGUCUGUACGUGAAGGCAGAAGGUGAAAUUUAAUAUAGUUUGUUCACUCAAAUUCCCCUUAGCAUCAUUUAUGGUUUUUAAUGUACUGCUAUCGUCAUAGCAAGGCUCUGCUUUGUCAGCAGUGGGUUCUUUUAAAAGGUUAUCAGGACAUCAUCAGAAGUGCUUGUGCUUGUGAAAGUUUAGUGCAGUGUAACUGGGUUAAAUUCCAUAUUACGUGAGGAAACGAAUAAGGGGGACAGUAAAAUGCACAUCUGCAUAAACUGUUGUGGUUUAAAGCUGGCAUGCACAGUUUAGAGUUUUGCAUCUAAAAGGCUUUUGCCACUUACCUAAUAAUGAUAAGCAUUGGACUUUGGACCUUUCAUACAUGCUGUGUAUAAAGACAUAUUAUUCAAAACAUUUAUCUACAGCAAUUGAAAGAACUGCCAUACUGAACAAUGCAGGUAUAAGGACAGCUGCUGUUCUUAUAGAAGGAAAUGAAUCAGUCCUUUUGAACAGAUUAAAGUGAUGAUGGGGAGGCUGGUCUUGGGACAUCCUCCUUCUACCGUGUUUUCUACUUCAUACCUCCUCUAGUAGCUGACAAUGCUGUGCUGGUUUGGCUAGUGACAAACUGUGAGCUCUUUUGGACGACCUGCUUUCACCUCUCCACACUGCAGAAAACGGAAGGACAUGAAUGCGUCUGUUCUAGAGCGCUGUUUGAGCUCCAACAGCACCGAUGACUUCAAACACCAAGUGUAUCCUGCAGCAUACAUUCUAAUUUUUGUCCUGGGACUCGCCGGUCAUUCUUUAUCUGUCUGCGUCUUCUUCAGCCAAUGGAGGACCCAGAAGAGCUUCACUCCAGUCAACGUGUUAAUGGUGAACCUGUUGGUAUCAGACCUGAUGCUGGUGUCCUCUCUGCCCCUGAGGGUCUCGUAUUACAUACUGAACUCUCAUUGGAUCUUUGGUCACAUCACCUGUAGAGUCAUCUCAUACGUGUAUUAUCUGAAUAUGUAUAGCUCUGUGUAUUUCCUAGUGGCCCUGAACAUCUUGCGUUACCUGGCGCUGGUGCGACCGUACCUGUACAUACGCAUACAGACCCACUAUGUCGCAGGUAUCGUGUGUGCUCUCAUUUGGCUCUUUAUGGGUUUAGCCUGCAGUCCGCUGUUGUUCACUAAGAAAAAAGCUCAAGAUGAAGGCAGUUUUCGAUGUUUGGAGCUGGCGGAAGACAAUGUGGAUCAAUUGCUCCUCAUCAACAACGUUACGUUUCCGGUGGGCUUCGUGUUUCCCUUGGUGGUUGUCAUUUUCUGCUCAGUCUUGGUUGCGAAGAACCUUCUGAGGCCUAGUCCUGCGCUCGGUAGGACCAGACCUUGCAGGAAGAAGGCUUGCGCUCUGGUCAUCAUCAGCCUCGGGAUCUUUCUGGUGUGCUUUUUGCCGUAUCACAUAGUGCGGACAAUCUUCUUAACCACCGAGAAGCAUGUCCAGACGAACAAAUACAAAGACUCGUGUGAUUCUAUUUUGGUAGUCCGCAAGGCUGCCGUCAUAGCGCAUUGCUUGUGCACGGCUAACAGUUGUCUGGACCCUAUCCUCUUCUUCUUUGUUGGGGAAAAUUCACGAUCUUUCUUCGCUAAAUGGACAGGAGGAAGAAAAAACAGCACUUGCGCUGCAGGGAGAAAUCUACAACAGGAAGAGUUACAGGUUUUGCAGAACUGAAUGGAAAUGGCUGAACAGAUAACAAAGAACAGACCAGAAGUACCUCAUUCUUCUGUGUUCUUCAUAAACAGAUGUACGAUACACAAAGGUCAUGUUUUGACUGACUGGCUUUGUUUACACUGGUUUCAGUAUAAGUUAGGACCAGUCAACAAUUUUGAUUUCUGCAAAUGAAUUUUGAUCCCUUUUUCUUUGUUCCAACGAGGCAGUUACAAUGAAACUGAAUAGGAUUCAUUUCUAAACAUUAACAAGACCUCAAGUAAUGUGUCUUAACAUGAUUUUAGUGUGAAAAAAAAUUAUUUAUUUUAUACAACUUUGUCGCAAUGAGAGCACAACGCCAUAAAACAUAAAUUGACCAUAAAAAUUAGUACAGCUCAAAGCUUUACAGUUUCACAGACAAAGCCAAGUCCCAGACUAAAAUGCGUGUUUAAUCUGUCUUAUCUGAAAGCAACUUGCACUGACAUAUUUUAAAAUCUUGAGUUAUGGGUGUGUCAAUGAGAAAACAUGGUAAAUUUGUUAAAUAUUUUUUUUCCAUUACAAUAAAACUAGUUGCAUGUAGAAAAUACGGCAGUGUUGUACAAUUCCUGAUAUAUAUAUAUAUAUAUAUAUAUAUACACACUGUAAAAAGUGAUGUUGACUUAACUUUAAAAAAAAUUAAGGAAACCCAUUGCAUUAAAGUAAGUGUAUAUAUAUAUUUUUUUAAAGUUAAGUGAACUUGACAAUUCACUUAUUUUUUUAAUUAUCAUUUACUUUUUUUUACAUUACAUUUUUUUAAGUUGUCAACUUAUCACUUUUUACAGUGUGCAAAUUUAGCUUACUGUAUCUUUAUAAAUGUAGUAAAAACAAAAAAGAGCAAAACAUCCGAUGUGCAAUUUUAUUCAUAAUUUUGUAGAAGUUUAGUUAAAAAUAUUUUUUUGUAGAAUUUGAACGCACCAAAAAUUGUAAUUACAACUUUCCAACUUUUUAAUGCCACCAAUGCUGUUGAUUGAGCUUGUAAUGAACCCAGUAUUUGCACUUCUAUUGCCAUUUGUCAUGUUGUAUCACUGUUCACUUCUAUAAAGUUAACUUUGCUCAGCUUUGUAGCUUAGCCAGUGAUUGCUUUCCCUGACAGUCACCAGCUCUCUAAAACAGAAUGAUUGCAAAUCACUUUUUUUUUUUUUUUUCUUGUUUUCUUUUUUUUUUAGUUUAAUUCACUGUUAGUGUAAACACCGCCUCAGUGUUAUGGUGUUGAAUGUUAAUCAUGCUAAUAUUUAGGCAAUGCUGUUACACUCAUAGAUGUGUACUAUAGCAUGUAUUAUAUUUUCAAUUAAACUUGUUUUAGUCCUGCAUUGAAGGUUUAACUUCUCUCUGUGCAUCUAUGGCGCAUUUCUGCAGAGUCCCAUGUUAAAGUCUGCGCAAUCAGGAAGCAUAAGUAAUGCUAGCAAAGCAUGUGCCUUCCUGCAUACACCUGCUUUUCGCAGCUCUCUUUGUCGCCACAUUAAAACUGCGCACAUUCCUCUGUUUAGGUUUCCAUACCUGACACACUUUUUGUUUUGUGGUAGAUGUUGGUGCUGUUUGUCAUCAGAUUUCACACGAGGAAGCUCAGUUUUGUGUGGUGAACAUCACUUUAUCAUUUUCACAUCUGCACAUCCUUCCACUGUUCAUGCUCGGAGUGAAAAUGACUUACUUUUUUGGGGGUUGGGUGGGGUUGUUUAUAGUUACAUAUAGUAAAUGUCAUGGUUACAGAUCAGAUCUCAUUAGAAAAACCAUGCAUCCCAUGUAUAUUGCAGUACACAUUUUUCUUUUUAAAAAGAUGCAAUGCUUAAAGAGAGAUGAUGUCCAGGAAACUGUUUCCACAGUAAUUGUUUUGUUUAUACAUAAACAUUGAACAGUCUGUAUAAAAAAAAUAAAAAAAAAUUUAAAAAACUGUUUCCUCUUUCAUUUCAUCCAUAAAUGGAAGUGCUAGCUAUCACCAAACUAUUGUUCCCUCCUUAAAGCUCCUCCCAUUAUGGUUCAUACUGUGCAAAGUACAUUAGAAAGGCCUCAAAAUCUUAUGGACUUAGACUGCGUUUUUAGCUCUAUAGAGCAAUUUUGGCAACAGUUUUUAAGUUUACUGUCAGUCACCAAGCAAUAAUAUAUUUUGAUAUUUUAAAUGCUCAGAGUCUAACACUUUAAUACUUUUUUGUCUUAUGAAAUCUUUUUCGUUUAAAUUAAUCAUUGAUAUAAGAAACUAUUAUUAGUAUCAUAUGGAUGUUAACAGACCAAAUUUAAACACUUCAACUGUAACUACAGGCAUAUUCAGGCAUUUAAAGUUUUUGUUUUCACUUAACCCAUUCAU